GUGGAAGCUGAAUAUGAAGAGGAAGUAUCUGAUGUGGAAUCUGGGGAAGAAUCUGAAGAGAAAACUGAAAGUCGUAAAGGAACUGAAGGUCUGAUUGAGAUCAAUAAUCCUAAUUUAGUCAAGUCAAAGAAUUUGAAAGCUAAAGAUGUUGAUUUUGGGAGACCAACUGAACUUUCAAGGCGUGAAAGAGAGGAACUGGAGAAACAAAGAUCUCAUGAACGUUACAUGAAGCUGCAAGAACAAGGGAAAACAGAAAAAGCAAGACAGGAUUUAGAACGUUUAGCACUUAUACGUCAGGAAAGGGCUGAAGCUGCCAAAAGACGGGAAGAAGAAAGGGGAGGUAAUGCUCUGAGAACAUUCAGUUUAUUUGUGUUCUUAGAUAUAUGAUUUUAAAACUUACUU